CUGGUCUGUGCUGUGAGACCAUGUCCAUUACUGGACCAGUUCUCUGACCCAGAGGCUCAGCUGCACGGGUUACAAGCUCAAAUCAGUUUCCCUCCUCAAGUGCCCAUGAGCAAGACACAGCAUCUUCAUCAGUGAGGAGCAGAGCUGAGUCUGCCGCUGAGAAGCACACGGAUCAGCAGCUCUGAAUCAGAGUGUGGGAGUUGAGCGGCAGACCAUCCUGCGCUGUGUGGAGCUGGCCUCAGCUCCCAGAUCCUCAGCUGUAGGCUACAGUGUGAUGUAACAGGAAGUAGUGGGUUGCCUUUCCAGCGUCAACCUGACAGCCGCCUCAGCUGCGCUCAGUGAGCGCCGGAGAUCUGCGGUGAUCGCUUCUCUCUGCCGGAGCCGAGGAGGAGGAGCAGAGGACGCUUUGGGGGACCGCCUGGAGAGUUUACUCCGGUUCAGAUCAGACCUCCUGCGCCGCGGUUGGAUUUUUCUCUCUGAUCUACAGCUGGUAAAUCAUCAACCAGCUCUGACAUGGCCAAAAGGAAGAUGGGCAGCAUUGGGCGGAGCUGGAUGGUGGGACUCGUACUGCUGUGUAAUCUGACAAAGUUUUUCGUCAAAGCAAGUCUGGAGGUCAAUGAAACGCAGCACCAGCAUCCAACCAAUGUCUACCAUGACAUGGGAGUGACCAGGAACAAGAUAGUAACUGCACAGUUCGAGUGCUAUCAAAAGAUAAUGAAGGAUAAUACCAACAACAGACAAGAGCCCAUGUGUAAUCGCACGUGGGAUGGCUGGCUGUGUUGGGACGACACUAAGGCAGGAAUUAUCUCAGAGCAGCACUGUCCGGACUACUUCCAGGAUUUCGAUCCCUCAGAGAUGGUGACAAAGAUCUGCACUGACAGCGGUCACUGGUUCCUGCAUCCUGAGAGCAACCGAACAUGGACAAACUACACUCGCUGCAAUGAACACACCAAUGAAGGCAGAGUGACUGCAAUGAAUCUUUUCUACUUAGCCCUCAUAGGACACGGACUGUCACUGACCUCCCUCUUCAUCUCCCUUGGAAUAUUCUUCCACUUCAAGAGUUUAAGUUGCCAAAGGAUCACCCUUCACAAAAACCUCUUCUUUUCUUUCGUUCUGAACUCUGUGAUCACCAUCAUUUGGUUGACAGCAGUGGCAAACAACCAGGAGCUGGUGCAGAGGAAUCCAACGAGCUGUAAAGUGUCCCAGUUCAUUCAUCUGUACCUGUUCGGCUGCAAUUACUUCUGGAUGCUGUGUGAGGGGAUAUACCUGCACACUCUCAUCGUGGUGGCCGUGUUUGCUGAGAAACAACACCUCAUGUGGUACUAUCUUCUAGGCUGGGGCUUUCCUCUCAUUCCAGCCUCCAUACAUGCCAUUGCUCGAAGUUACUACUACAACGACAACUGUUGGAUUAGCUCCAAAACAUCGCUGCUCUACAUCAUCCACGGUCCCAUCUGUGCUGCUCUUUUGGUCAAUCUGUUCUUUCUCCUGAACAUUGUGCGAGUGCUCAUCACCAAACUGAAGGUGACCCAUCACGCGGAGUCGAGUCUCUACAUGAAAGCUGUGAGAGCCACCCUGAUCCUGGUGCCUCUUCUGGGAAUCCAGUAUGUCCUGCUUCCCUACAAGCCAGAGGGACGGGUGUCCUCUGAAAUAUACGACUACAUCAUGCACAUACUAAUGCAUUAUCAGGGUCUGCUGGUGGCCACCAUCUUCUGCUUUUUCAACGGAGAAGUCCAGGCGGUUCUGAGGAGGCACUGGAACCAGUACCAUAUCCAGUUUGGCAGCAGCGUAGGAAACCACUCAGACGCCCUGCGCUCGGCCUCCUACACGGCCUCCUCCAUCACAGAGGUUCAGGGCUGCUACAGCAUCGACAGCCACACAGAACACAUGAACGGCAAGGGCUGCCACGACGCAGACGCCUCCAUCUUAAAGUCAGACAGCCCCUUCGCCUGACAGCAGCACUCCCCCUCAAACUCUAUCCAUCUUACCCCCCCAUCCGUAAAAAACUGCACCGUGUUCGGAGCUCCGUGGCGAUCAGGGCAAGUUGCCUCCUCCUGAACGUACAAUUUCCAGAAGAAGAAAUGAGAGAGGGAAAGGUCUGCAUAUGAAUCUGUCCCCUCUCUGUCACACAGGCCCUUUAACAGUACUGUAAGGUGAGCUUGUUACAGCUUUUCCUGCGCUGUCUUUUCUCUACAAUUUGCAGCUGAACUGCUUCACUCGGACUAAGAUGCAUCUGAUAAUCACUAUAUUGUUGCAAUCUUUCUGCCUGACAAAACUCUCUUUAAAUAGGUGAAUAUCAACGGCUCGGCCGUCCUUUCUUGGGGUCAAGUCGUGCACAAAAAGCCUUCGUUACACUGUAAAUUCUUUCGACAUGGUUAGUGCCAAACCAAGAAAUCCUGCCUGCAGCAUUUAUUUUUUAUUUUCAUAAUAGAAUCAGAGCAGAGACAGGAGCAUAAUAAUAUAUUAAUGCUAUAUGAUAUCUUUCACAUGUUAAACUUAAUUUAUCUGAACAUAUUUUUCUUUAUUAGAUGAAAAUAGAUAAAUACCACUCAGUAUUUAUUAAAGUUGACGCUACAUAAAGUUAUGCUAUAGUUUCUAAAAAGAAAAAAAAAAGUCAAUUUAAUACCAGUAUGACUUGUUGCCAGCUUCACAUAAACUUCAGCAGCGUUUAUUAUUUGUGUCAGUGUUUGUUGGUGUGUGUGCAGUUAAUGCAGGUGAUGGUAUGAAUCAUACAGUUAGCUUGCACGCUUCAUUUUUAGAGACUUAGAGAUUUCAUCAUGCUAACGUUUGAGCGUGUUUACUGUAAGUGAUCCUCACCGACUUGUAUCCUUUAAACCACGUGGUAGGUUGUAACGUGACUAUCACAGAGAAGCCAUCACACAACCACGUGUACUCCAGUAUCUGCUCAUUAUACUUGAAUGUAAUAGUUAAGGUUAAAGCCCUGGCCUCUGUUGAACAUAAACACAUCACAUUCCCAGUCACUGCUGUCUUUAGCCUUAUUCUUCUCAGAUUACUUAACAGAGAUGUAAGCAUGACCGGGUGUUCAGACCACAAACAGCACGGUGACAAAAAUUGCAGCGGGCUGUGCAGGUGAGGGUGUCGCUCCAGGUACAGGUGAGAAGAUGAAAUGUGACACUUAAUGUUUCCUUCUGCUCCUUUCCUGCACGUUUAGAGGAAGGAGGCUCUGGUUCUGUGCAAAAAUGCUUUCUAAAAUUCAGUCAAAGCUAACGGCAGCUAGCCAAACAAAGUGAUGCUAUGCUAGCUAGUGGCAAAAACUAGGCUGAACUAGGUUUGACUUUUAUUUUAAUCAGAUCCCUCUGCUUGGGCAGCCCCUGCAACAACGCAGUGACCUCAUUCAAAUGAAUGAGAGAGCUCCAUUUUUUCACCUCGUGCUGAUAUUAGUCUGAACACAGCCUUAUUCAGAAGAGCUCGUGAUGUGAUUAUCAUGUCUCACGAAAGCAGCGCAGAAGAAAUACAAUAAAAAUAAAACAAGCAACAGGCUGCAUCCAGGCCUGGGCAGUAAACUCUGCACUUCUUCACUUAUAUCACACAUUCAAAUCCACAAACCUUUAUUGUUUUUUCUUUAACACAACGUCCACAAUGCUGGGAACAUGAGUCACUAUCAGCUGAUGUAAAUAAUCUUGUAAAUCUAGCGUUUGUGAACCGAGGACAAGGUGAACGUGUGAGUGUGUGUACGUGCGAACGUGUGUGUGCAUGUUUUCUAUAUACAGUAUUUAUGAGUACGUCAUACUCUAAAGCAUUCAACCACGAAGCAGCCGUCUUAUGUGACAGCGUGGGACGCUGGGGAAGAAGUUGUUUGUUGGACGUCUGUGUUUUAAAAAGGGGAGCGGUGGGAACUGGUUAUUAAUGAAGAGCUUUCAACAGGCUGCUGUGUUUGUCUGCUCGUGUUAUUCAUCAUCGUCUGUUCUGUCAGCUCUCUAUUUUGCCUGUAUUUGAAAGUGAGGAAAGAAACGUACCACUACCUUCUGUAUUAUUCAUGUUAUAUCAUCAUAUGUUUCAUGAGACUGUGUGAUAUGUGAGGAGGAGUCAGCGCUCACACCCUCCGUUUCCUCAACAGUCGCUCAAUCAACUGUGAGAAUUUCAAGCACUUCUCUCUACACAGAGCACAUACAGCAUCAUAUACAUUAUUUUCACCUAUGAAAGAGUAUUUUUGGCUGUUCAAGGGUUAAUGUCAAACACAAAUAUACUAAGCAGGAGUUAUCGUGUGAAAUCCAGCUGCAUCACCACAAACAGCGUUUUUUUAAAUCUCAGAUCUGCAGGACAGUUUCAGUUUAAUCAUAAACCACACGGCCUUCGUCACAGUUGUCAGUCCGAGUGAUUAAUGUGCAAUGACAGCAUCAUGAAGUCUCCAUAAACCAAGUCAUUAACUGUGUAGUGAUGCAUCAUCAUAAUUCAUCAGACACAAAUGUAGGAACGCCUGUGCACCAUUCAAGUUGUAAAUGUAUGUGAAUUAUUUUCUCUCCAAAGGGUUUGUGAAGACCCCUGUGACCCUCUGUUGUGUUGUUGUGGUAUAAUGUUGUAAAGUAUGACAAAAGCAUUGAGGACGAUGUCUGUAGUUUUGGUUUAUACUGUACUGUAUUUAACUUGGACGGUCUUGACACAUUGACUCCACACUGCUGUUUGAAUGUAACUGGUGGUGUUUCAUUCUCUUUUUAUUAUUUCACUGAAUUAGACAAUGUUGCUAUGUUGUGUAUAUCUGCAUACUAAUACAGUAUAGCACAGCACUCACCCUCAGCUCUA